CAGCGCGUUUGAGCGCAGAAAAACUUGCAGAAGGACUCUGUACCUGAGAUCCGCGAGCGCGCUGCGGUCCAUCAUCUCAAGAGAAAUGUAGACUAUUUCAACAUUUACCGAAGUCAACAACAGCGGGAAACAGGACAGAAUGUGAACGAUUAAGUGUCCGAAGUAAUGGAUGCAGUUGUAGUGAUCGCGCUGUGUUUGAUCUUGAGAGGAGCGUCAGUGUCAUCUGUUACGCCACUGCCUGAGCCACGAAAUGUCCACUUCACCUCCGUGAACCUGAGGAACAUAGUGACAUGGACGCCAGGAGAAGGAUCUCCAGAUGGGACUGUUUACUCCGUGGAGUACGCCAUAUACGGGGAUGCGGAGGGGAGCGGCAGUGAGCAGGUGCGAUGGAGGCGUGUGAAUCAGUGCAGCUCCAUCACACAGAGCGAAUGUGACGUGUCUCAGGAGACCUUUGACCUGCAGGAGGAGUACUACGCCAGAGUCAGAGCCGUCGGCGCUCGCACACAGUCUCUCUGGAGCGAGAGCACACACAGAUUCAGACCCAUGACCGACACGGUUCUCGGAGCGCCGCUGGUGGAAGUGAACGUGAAGCAGAACUACAUGAAUGUCACGAUAAAGGGGCCCUUCAGAUGGAGAACUAAGAGGACAAAGAAAGACAGGUCACUCUGGAAGAUCUUCCCACACAUGAUUUAUAAUGUCUCUGUGUUCAACAGCAGGAGCAAUCGCACGAAUCACAUGCGUCUCACGAACGGGAGCUUGAGGCUGGGGCCUCUAGAAUUUUCCACACAGUUCUGCGUGACGGCUCAUGCCGAAUCCCAGUCUCUCCCUCUGGCCUACAAACGCAGCGAGCAGAUGUGCACCGAGACUCCCAAAGAUCCGUUCGGAGAUCAGCUGCUGGCUGCCAUGCUUGGAGGAGUGCUGCCGUCUGCGCUGUGUCUGUGUGUGCUGGCUGUGCUCGGAGGACUCGUCCACUGCUACAUCACGGACCACCGGCAGACCCUGCCCAAGAGCGCUCAUGUGGCUCGAAUGAGCGAGAAUCUACAAACCUUCCAACCUGAAAUGCCUUCAACAAUCAUCUUUAACGUGUUUAAAUCGGAUUGGUGUGGAGAUGAGUGGUCUCCGCUCUGUCCCGCGGCUCUGCCACAGCUCUGCUCUGGUGAAGACUCGCCCGCGGCAGAAGCUGAGGCUCAGAACGCCGUCCCGGAGCCGCCCGUGUCUUACGCGCAGCAGCACGCGCCGCCGCCGGCCGGAUCCGGAGCUCAGGCCGAAGACUCUGAGAGCGAGGACUCGGAGCUGCAGCCGUGGCCGCAGGAGCCGCUUCACAGCGAGGCUGGAGAUUACGGCAUUGUGGUGCCGGCCUCUUUCGACGCACCGGGUCAGAGUCAGGCCGAGGUCAGCCCGUACAGGACACAAGGCCACGUGAUAGACUCAAGAGCGCCUGAGGACGCCUGUGAGGAUGAGCAGAAUGACGAUGAAGAGGAAGCACAGAUAUUUUUGGACUGGAGCCCAGAGACUCGAGAGCUGAAGAUCCCUCUGAUGGGCUUGUUGGGUCUAGAGGACGAGCCGCAGAUCCAGACCGAAACGGUCUCACUCCUGCCUAACCUGAUCCUGAGACAGGCCUCACAGGCCUCUGAGCAGGAGGAUGACUUCACCAAGAUGGAGCGAGACUGGGGCCUUAUAAUCCACUCCAGCCCUGAAUAAACAGAGUAACACUGACUCCUGAAAAAAUAUGAAGAAGACUUUAUCCUGAACACUUGCCUUUUGCCUCAUCUAUGAUGUCCACUUUUAAAGUCACCAUGAAACCAAAAGUUGACAGUUUAUUCUAAAUGAUUCAUCAUUUUUUUAUGUUCCUCAUAAUCUUGAAUCAGAAUAUCUUCUCCUCCCUCUUUCAUCUCUUCUCUGAUGAUGAGGGCGGGGCAACCUGCCACUCACAUGAGAUCCACCAAUAGCAAACCACAACCAUCCAAUCAAUUCCCCACAGACAAAAUCAAGCCCCGCCCUACAUUUGUUCUUGUUUGCAAAGCGUUUCACUCGAAUAUACGUCACAAUAGAGAAGAAAAGACGAGCACAACUUCCCUUUCAUGAUGACUUUAAGAUGUACAAACGAGAUGAUAUAAUGAAGGAUUUUCAGCAGUCUUUGUUUACUGCGUAAGCUGUCAUUCACUGUGAACACGAGACUCUGUCCUUUAGCUUCUGUAUUAAAUUACGUAUAAUCAUAGCCGUCUGAUUCCCCAGAAGAACACAACCUGGAAGCUGCUCAUGGGAAACAGAAACUUUGCCUCAUGGACAAGUGUUUUUUGAGCUGUAGAUGCCAUGUAUCAGAAAACAAUGCAGCAGACAGGACAAAUAUCCUUUAUGCAGCUAUAAAAAAUGUGAAUUUCACACAAAAGCACUCCAGAAAUGGUCUCUGGUUAAACAUCUACUGUAAUAUGAUGGAGUAUUUGCGAUUGUCGAAUCCUGACAUCUUGUGUGGAAGCCAUAUUUCAUUGGAUGGGAAUGAAAAAAUGAGAUUUGUUCAGCACUGUUGUGUACGGUUUCUGAUCAAAUAUAUCUCUUUGCAAAACAAUGCACAAAUAAACCAUGGUUUGUAAACAUUAGAAACAUGAGACAGUGUAACAUAUUGAACAAAUCUCUCACAUAAAAUGAAAUAUAGCGUCUACCCUGACAAAGGGUAACAAAAACAAAACAGUUUCUGUUGCAGGACUGUUGAAGUAUGUUGUAGUGUGUGUGUGUGUGUGAGAGAGUGUGUACUAAUCAACAAUUAUACAGAAAAAAUAAUUAUAUUGUGUCUUUGAAGGAAUUACUGUGUUAUAUAAUAUUGUAUAUGUCUAUUUCAACUGUACAUAAAUACCAAAUGAUAAUUUUUAUUGAAGUUAAUAUUUGUACUACAGAUUUUUAACAUGUUUAUUCCAUAUAGAAAUGUGAAAGAGCUGCACUGAAUGAUUAUAAAAGAAGGAACGAACUCACUUUCAGCUUUCACUUUCCUGUCAUUAAUUUUAUCACUACAAUCUGUUAUCUUUUGAUCCGUCAGAACAAUAAAUAUAUGAACCUGA